ACAGCAACAUGUGAUUCGCGCAUGCGCAGACCUGCGCUCGGAUCAGCAAACAGGACAGGUGGCGGUAUGCAGCUUUUACGACGGACUUUCUGUAACCCGCCAAAAAAGCUACAAGAAGAACAAGACGAAGAGUUUCGCGGGAAUAAAUGUGGUUUUGUGUUUAAAUUUGAGUUUAACCUUAAACAGAAGAAAAUGUCCAGCACCGCAGUGGAACUGACAAAUGGCCAUUGCGCUGACGCAGAAAACAAGAGAGAAAACAAAAAACACUUUUCUCUGUUUUGUGAUGAACGCGGUUAUUUGGACCUGAUCGAGUUCAUUCUGCAGAACGGAGCCCGAAAAGGCGACCGAACCGGGACGGGGGUGAUUUCUGUGUUCGGGACGCAGGCGAGGUACAGCCUCAGAGGUCAGUCAAAACAGCUCAUGCACUGAAUUUGAUGAAAGCCGAUUAUAAGGAA